AUGGCCUCGUUCACGCCCACCGAUCCCCUGAUCCGCUGGACAGGGCGCGCAGUGGAGCUGCAGAAAAUGGCGCGGGAGUGGCCCGGCGAGGACGAUAGCCACAUUGGAGGUGCUGUGGCGAAUAAAACCGGUGCCAUGAACGAGCUAUUCGAGGGCUACUCAGACGAGUUGCUGACUUUCGCAUGGGUGGCCUGCAUUGUAUUUAUUAUAAUCGGAGUGCCGGGAAAUCUGCUGACCAUUGUGGCACUUUCACGAGGCAGACAGACGCGCAACUCGACGGCCAUAUUUAUUAUUAACUUAUCCUGCUCCGAUUUACUGUUUGGCUGCUUUAACCUGCCACUGGCCGCCUCUACUUUUAUGCAGCGUGCAUGGAAUCACACCGAUCUUCUCUGCCGUCUCUUCCCCCUACUGCGCUACGGUCUAUUAGCCGUCUCACUGCUUUCGGUUUCGCUGAUCACCAUCAACCGCUACAUAAUUAUAGCCCAUCCGCGCCAGUACCCACGCAUCUACCAACGCCGCUAUCUGGCGCUCAUGGUCGCCGGGACAUGGGUGACGACAUUCUCCAUAAUGAUACCAACAUGGCGCGGUAUCUGGGGACGCUUUGGCUUGGACGUAAGCAUUGGCUCUUGUUCCAUUCUGCAUGACAAAUAUGGGCGGUCCCCCAAGGAGUUCCUCUUCAUCAUAGCUUUCAUGUUGCCCUGCGUAUGUAUCGUCAUCUGCUACGCACGCAUCUUCCUGCUGGUACGCCAAGCGGCCAUGCGAACCAGAGAGCGAGAUCCCGAGAGAACGACCGCUAAGAGCUGUGGCGAAUUGUCACUAUCCCCAAUGCAGACGCCCAGGAUACCUUCCGAGGAUGCCCCUCCCGCAAAACCAAAGCCAAUAUCCGAUGUGACCGGUCCCUUUGUCGUGGACGAGUCUUUGGCAUAUAUUGAUGACAAUGCCUCGUUGGAGAGUCUGCCUAUAUCCUACAAGAUCCAGGGGACGUCAGCUCCGCCCGUUACAUCCGUAGAUGCGCACGUAGUCUUGAAGGACAGAGAUCGUGAUAGAAGCAAAAAGCGCAGUACCAAUAAUACCUCUGGAACCGACACCUCUGUGGACAGAUCACACUCGUUACUGGAACAGGCGAGAAGCACGAGCAAAAACCCUAUCACGACCUCUUUGCGCACAUCCUUUACGAGGUUCACUCCAAGAAAGUCCCACUACGUAUCGAUGGGUAAUACAUCCAACGCAUCUUCCAUAUAUCCGGGCCGAAUGAGUGCCAAGGAUAGACGUCUACUUAAAAUGAUUCUUGUUAUCUUCGUGUGGUUCGUCAUUUGCUAUUUGCCGAUUACAGUAGCGAAGAUAUGGAAAAGUGCCAACGAUGUACAUGUAUUUAACAUCAUGGGCUACCUGUUGAUAUACCUAACGACUUGCAUUAAUCCAUUAAUCUAUGUUCUCAUGAGCUCGGAGUAUAGACGUGCGUACUGGAAUUUGCUGCGCUGCCACAAAUCGGAUCAGCAACAGCAAAUGGGUCCGAAGAAAAAUCACAUCGAUUCGAAUCGUUUAAUGAAGACGUGAUCGUUGAGAGCCCAAUAUAUACAUAUAGUACAUUCAUGCAUGCCACGAGACACAUGCAACACUUGCCACACAUGCCCAUCGGCCAUCCGUCCCAGCUGGAAGAACACCAACAAACCCGCCCAUGUGCACUUACAUACAUACAUUUCUGUGAAUACAUAUACGAGUACAUACAAGUAUGUAUGUACAAGUAUGUUCAAGUCCAGGUGCAGUUCAGGACCCCAAGUGAUUGCUUUUGACCGUUAUCCUCGCCGCGGAGAACGGUGCCUUGCCCAGGGGCUAAAGUGAAUUUGAAUUGCAUUUUAUACCAAAUGA